AUGGAUUCGACAUCUUCGGCCAUUUCACGAAUGCUGGAAGAUACAGUGUUGUUUGAAAGUGGAAUGCUUGCUAAAACUGUGACAGCGUUCGAAACAGCAACUUUAUAUGCUUCAAGUAUAGAGGGCCUAAUUAGAUCUUCGCCAAUGGAUACAAUGAGUUCGUCAACUGGACCAAGCCAUCAGUUAUCUCCAGACAGCAGUCCUGAAGUAAAUGUUACAUGCAGUACUGACCACCAUAAUGAUCUGAUUGAGGACCAUAUUACUGGAGGUCAACAGAUUACCAGUACAGUGAACACAGAUGCUCUCGAGGAAGAGGCUGAUAUCCCAGAUGUUGAUGAAGUAGAUAUUCCUUGGCAAAAUACUUUAGUGACUCGAACCAACCGUCUCAAUACUGCCAGGAAUAUAAACUCCAAACUAAAAGGAAGAGUUUUAAAUAAAACGCCAGCCAUGUCCAUUCUUCCAGAACUUCCUAAUGCAAUGAAUAAUGUUAACCGUCGAUGUAAUGGUCACACGCAGCUGACGAUAUCUGAUUUAUCAAAUAAAAUACCACAGAUUAAGAAUAAUCCACAACACAAAAGGAUAGCUGACCUAACAGGUCGUCAAGAACUUUAUAACACUUUGGGUAACCCAGCAGUUCGCAGAGACAGCAACACAAGCAGUACAAGUUCGUACAUGAGCAGCAUGCGCUCUGAAAACAGCCCAUAUCCCUAUGGAAGUGUGGGCAGCCAGUUUUCUAGUCGGAGGUCAAGUGACUCUUCACAGCUUUCUACUCACCUCAGCAUCACAAAUUCUCCUUACGAGUACGACAUCACUGGGAACCUGCCAAUGAGUUCUCGUCGGUCGAGUGGUGAGUGCAGUAACAUUGGUAACAUGACGGCACAGCUUCAGAAAGCAUCUCUUGGGAGCCAGACAAAUCUAAUGAACAGCAGCAGCCUGAAGAAUAAAUACCAAAAUGAGAGGUUGGCAAGGUUCUUUGCCACAAGACGGGAGAAUGAUGGAGCUAGAACAAGCACACCUGCUCGAACACCUUUGCCUCAUGAAAUACCUAACCGAGAAAUCAGAAGAGCAAGUGACCCUGUCCGUACUGCAGAUCCCAAUUUUGCUGCACUGAAGUCACUGCAAAGGUUCCACAGUUUAAAUAUGAUGCGGCCCCUUCCAAUACCGAAUAACAUGAAGAGCCUGUUGAGUAAGACAGACUCCAUGAACACGUUUAAUUCUUCUCGAAGUAGCAUUGCAACAGAUUAUAGUAUUGCUGAGGACCAGGAGAGUGGUAUUGGCGUUGCCAUGGAUACCGUUGAUAACGAAGCAUUAUUGGAAGAGAAUAUGCUCGAAGAUAAUGAAGACAUCAUCAUUCCAGAUGACAUGCAGAAGUUCUUGAAUGAACGUUAUGGUGUUUAUUCCAUAUUUCCUCUUAGCAACGGUUAUAUAAGUGGUGGUACAGGUGAAGGCAAUGAGAUGGCUAACAUUGCUAAUAGCAACAAUAAUAAUAAUAGUAACGGUAAUGGCAGAGAUGUGAACGUCUCUCCCAUGCAUGCUCCAUCACAGCAUUAUAUGACCAAUCAAAAUACAAACCACCAAACAUCAAAUACAUGCUCCUCACAGAAUAACAGUGCACAAGGACAGGUGUAUGGUAUGGGCCAGAACUAUCUUGGCAAUAACCUUAAUCAGGGAAUGACCUAUUCUGCUGAACAAAUUAUGGCAAUGUCAGGUAACAAUAGUACCAACAAUUCACCUGCUGCAAUGCAAGCAAGUAUGGCUCAAAUACAGCGAUGGAAUGCUGCAAACCAGAAUUUUAACCAAAGCAAUAAUGCCACUUUACCAGCAAUCUCAGGAAACUCUGCCCCAGGAACGCCAUCGUAUGGCAUGAACAUGGCAAACCUUCAGCAAAACUCAGGUGUUCUUGAUCAGAAUAUCAUAACUCAACCUCUCAAUAAUCAAUGGAUUAUGACUCAAGGAAAUAAAGCUGGUAUGGAAUCGCGGAACCAGCAGCAGCAGCAGCAGCAGCAACAACAGCAACAGCAGACUUAUAGUAGUUCUUCUCCGAAUAAUAUUCUCAAACUACCAUCUCUCCCAACUCAGAAACAAGAACGGAAAAGUCCGCAGGUUCAGGUGCCUCACAUUAGUCAAUCACAAAUUCCAGCUCGAGCAAAGGCCAUAAAUCGGAGCCAACACGUUAGGCAACAACAGCAACUACAACAACAACAACAGAUGCUGUCUAAUAACCGCAGCAGUGUUCCACCCCAACAACAAGGAAUGUAUAACACUUCAAACCCUUACAACCAACCUCUACCUAAUGUUCACUCAAACUUAUAUGUGCAGCAGCAGCAGCAAGCUUCUAAUGCUACUGGUUGCCUGCAGCCACAUCCACCACCUGGUCCCCCACCACCAGGUAAUUAUGCACCAAGCACCAAUCUAAUGUCACCGUCCACACAGCAGCAGAUUGCACCUGUGGUCCCUUCUACAGUGAUGUACAAUCAAGGUCAAACCAAUCAGUCUGUCUCAGCCCUUCUCGGUCGACCAAGCUGCCAGCUCGGAAGUGAACAGGUGCAAAAUUCCUUCCCCAGUACCCUUGAAAUGUCACCGGGUUGUAACCAAGUGACAAGCUCAACAGACAAGGCUAGAAACCCUUCAGAGCCUCCUAUUGAAGAUUUCAUGGACAAUAUAAACUCAAUAUCAACAGAAAACUUGAUAGACAAUAUCACAUCUUUAUCAGCAGAAAAUAAUAACCGUCAUCUUCUUUGCAGUCCGUCUAACUUGCCCAACAGUCGAAUGUCCCAAGCGUCUCGCUAUACAAACAUGUCUCUACUGAGUACUGACAAUAUGGUAGUCAAUGAUAUGAGCUCAGUCCUGACUCAGUUAGCUGAAGAGAAUAAGUUCCUUCAUAUGAGGCCUUAAUUUUAAAAAAAGAAAUAAUAAUAAUAAUAAUCAAAAAAAGUUACAGAAACGAAAGAAAAAAUGCUCAGCCCUUUUUAUUUGGGUCCUUUUUGUAUGUAAUAGGAGCUCAUUCAUACAUAUGAGUUCUGUGUGUGAGGCCUCAAUUUGUAAAAAUACUCAGUUCUACUAAUUUGCCUUUACAGUCAAAUGUUUCAGGCCUCUCCUAGCUUCAACAUAUCUCACCAACAUACUAACUACAAUACAUGAUGGUCAUGGAUCGAAGCUCUCUGUUCACUGAGUCUUCAGGUUUUUGACUAAUUUCUUGUGAGAAGAAAUUAGUAAAAAAAACAAAACAACAAAAAACUCCCACAAGUCGUAAUGUUAUUGACAAAGCAAUUGGAUUCUGAUUGGUCAUUUUUUUUCUUUGUCCCCUUACACAGUUUUUGCUUUUUGCUAAUUUCCCCUCCACUUAUUUUUUUUCCUCCAUUUUGCAUGAUAUUUCUCAUCCUAUCUUUUUUCUACGAAGGGCAAAGUGCUGCCGUGUAAUUAAGUCUUUGCUCAUUACAGGCUCAUAAUUGUACAGAAUCACCUAAAUGGUAUUUGAUUUGGUGCAGGAGUAGAGUUCUUGACUGAAUGACCUUACAUUGAUCUUGCAUUUCUUGGAUUGGUUACUACACAGUACAACAUAAUUCAAAGGUCAAAGGUCAAAACUACAAUGGAAAUUUGAACUCUGAACUAUAUUCUAUUCAUCAGUAAUGCUGUCUCUCAGUACCUGUUAACGAUUUAAACUGCAAAGUGAUUCAAAGCAGGGUUACAUAGAGCAUUGAACUGGAGGAUGACUUCACUGUUUCUCAAUCAGAAGCAAAUGGUUUCAAGUUCAAAUCCUACCAACGUUAAUUCUGUCUUCCAUCAUAUUGGGAUCAAUGAAUUAGGUCCCAGUUGUGUCUACUGGAAUAAAGAUAAAAAUUUAUGACAGUUAAGAGGGAUUACUUCUUUCUACCAUGGAGUAAAAGUCAAAGUAAGGUGUCACAUUAUUCUUUGUGGUGGCCAUCAUUGCAACCAUUUUUUUAAUGACCAUUUUCUAACAUGUUUCACUCAUUUGUUUGUUUCCAAGAUUUUCUUUUGUUUUUUUUUUUUAAUAUGUGAUUAUGUAUGUGUUUGUGUGUGUAUACGCUUGUACAUGUGUUUCUGUUUGUUGUUUGUAUGUGUGUAAAUAACGAUUUUCUCAGGUUAUAGAAAAGUGAAAACGUAAAAUCAGUUUUCCAUGAUUGUAUUAAGAAAAAACAGAAGAGAUUACCCCCACCCCCUAAAAAAUCCUUUCCAACAUCUCUAAAAAUGCCCCUUGCAACAUCACUUUUUAACCCCCCCCCCCAUGAAACAUUAUUUAAAAUAUUCUUUACAAUACCAUUUAAUAUCUCCCUGUAGAACAACACUCCAAUAUGUUCCAAGAUUGUUUGAACCCAAUAACAUUCAAACUGGCCAUAUCCAACCCAAAUACUCCCCCUGUUUUAUGUUCAAACUGGCCUGAUCUAACCUCUCAUACCUACCCUAUAAUGCCAUUCUAAAAAUACACAAUAACAUUAUUGAAAUCUCUAAGCAUUGAGACAAUACAUGAUUAAUUAAAAACAAUAUGAAUAGGUAAACAUUUGGCAGUGUAAUUUGAACGCUAAAGGGUUAAAAUGCCCUCUUUGGAAAACCACUGAAAGCUUCAUACUUCUACAAAGACUCAUUAGAAUAUGUACUAAAGUGGCUUCACUUGUUGCCUUUUCCUGGCCCACUGGAUGAUUUGGGCUCAGUAUUACAAUCUAAUGAAAUUGCUCAUACAUAUAUCUGAUACAAGCAUGGUUGGGUGGUUAGAAAGUUUGGUUUGUAAACCAUAGGAUUUCAACUUCUGUCCCAUCCAUUGAAGCAAGUGUCUCCUACUUAUAGCACAAGCUGUAUGGAAACCUGUCAGGAAUAUUAUAUAUGUGUGUGUGUGUGUAUAAUAAGAGUAGAAAUUAAUAUUAUUAAAUAAUAUCAAUUUCAACCAGUGGUCAGCUUACUUAAAAAAACGUCCAAGGACCGUGAAUUAUAUUUAAAUAUAAAUAAGAGGAGAGAUCACUAAGUGGAUCCCUUGUAUGCUAAAGAUAGAUGUCAAACCAUCCAACCAUGAAAUCUGUGUUCUCAAAUUAGCAAAUUAGCAAGAUGAUAGAUGUUUAUGAGCUAGACAAAUGAAAAGAAAUAAAUAUCACACUUAAUUCCAUACCUUAAGGUUUCGACAUGAACUAUUUAAUAGUUGUCUGUGUCUCCUCAGUGAAAUCGGUGCUGACACAACAAUGGAACUGGACACUACCUGUCUCCGUGAGAGGAUACGAAUGUAUAGAGUUCCAAUAUGUAUUUUAACUUUGAUUCAACGCCCUCAUAGUAGUGUGCUAAGCCAGAAAAUAACUGCAACGAAUAAUAUUCAGCAGUGAAUCAACUGGCUACGGAACACAGAUAUUUGAAAUUAAAUAAUAAGAGUAAUAAUAAACAUCUUGCUAAUUUGAGAAUACAGAUUUCGUAGUAGGAUGGUUUGAUGUCUAUUUUUAGCAUACAAGGGAUCUACUUAGUGAUCUCUCCCCUUAUUUAUAAUUAUAUAUAUAUAUCAUUAUCAUCAUCAUCGUCGUUUAACGUCCGCCUUCCAUGCUAGCAUGGGUUGGACAAUUUGACUGAGGACUGGUGGACCAGGAGGUGACACCAGGCUCCAAUCUGAUUUGGCAGAGUUUCUACAGCUGGAUGCCCUUCCUAACGCCAACCACUCUGAGAGUGUAGUGGGUGUUUUACAUGCCAUAAAUCAGCAAGAGUUUUCAGGCACUGGUCAAUGCAUAACAACUUUUGGCCGUUGAGUCACUCUAAUUCUUGCUGAUUAAUAAUAAAAAAUAUAUGCUCAAGUUCUGUUUCCUGUUUGUAUCACCAACACCCUUUCAGGUGGUGCUCCAGCAUGGCGACUGUCAAAUGGCUGAAACAAAUAAAAGAAUAUAUAUAUAUAUAAAAGAGAAUAUAUAUUUUAUAAUAUAUUAUUAUUAAUAUCAUGAAAUCAAUAUUGGAAAAUUCAUUGGAAGGAUAUAUACAUGUGUAGAGUAAUUGUUGUAAUGAUAAUAUAUUAUAAAAUAUAUAUACAAUCGCUCAUGUUAAAUACAUUAAUACUUUAAUAGUAUUAAUACUUUGAUACAAUAGAGCACUCAAUAUAAAUUCAGUAUAUAUUCUCAUUGAAUAUAUUUAACUAAAGAUUUAUAUAAAAGAGAAUAUAUAUAUAUUUUUAUAG